CAAGGAUGGCGCUACUUGCUAUAUGUGCCCACCUGAACCGCAAGGUUGGGGCUGAAGAUGCCAAAGUUUACUUUCUCUUGUCUCGCCGCCGACUGCUCGGUGUCUCAAAACGCGACGAAGCAAACAGUUGCUUUGCCCACUAGUCGCUACCCGGGAUUCUUGCGCAAUGCAUUGGAUCAACAAGUUCUCCAAUCUGCAGCUGGACAUUGUCGGUAUAAUAGCAGUCCUAGGAGAAGGAUCCGUCACAAGAAAUGCUCAGGUCACCAGUUUGUCAUGGUGGUCGAUGCUGCCCCGUUUCCUUCCAGCCCCUCAAGCGUUACUGGAACAUGACCGGAAAUACAGGCUUCCGACGGCCCCUGGAAUUGUCGCAGGAGCAUACAGUGGCACUGUCAAGAAGGAGAUCAACUUCUUUGCACAAUUGUUGCACCAAAGGCCCCUCGAUGACUUUGAGGUCGAACUCGUUGAAGUCGUGCGCAUAAAGCAGGCUAAGGGACCAAGCUUUGGACCACGUCCGUUUGGACCGCUGUUCUGGGUCACGCUACUCGGUUGCGCCAUGGGUGCAGUCAUCAUCAUACUGUCCGCCUACUACGAUGACGGGUUCGCUCUGUUUUCGACCAUCAUGCUCUCAAUGGUGAGCUGCACAGUGGGAAUCGGCACGCGGUGGGACUUGGCAUUCAGAGAGCCCAAAAUUCAAGCUGAGCGUAGAGGUGCACUGCCUCGAUCAGAUGUCGUGAUAUACUACCCAAAUGGCGCCAUGCGUGUGGUCCGCGUCGAACAUGAAGAGAUUGCGCGACUGUACUUUCAGACAGAACAUGCACAGUACAAGAUCGAAGAUACUCCGUACAGAACUCUCGCUGUGCUGUCCACAAUCAUGUUGAUGGCCGGCGUGGUCUCCCUGGCAAAUGCCUCAAACAUCCUACAAGCUGCUUUCACUGCCGCUUACAUUGUCUUGAAUGGCAUCUACUGGACAGUCUCCGCCCUGAAUCCGUUCAGGCACUGACGACACGCCUACCAAACCCAUGUCCUCAAUAUCGCCCCACUGCCUUUGCCGGGAGGGCAAGACCACCCGAUAAAGAACAAGAGUCACGU